AUGCCCUCAAUUCAAGAUCAAGGUGCUGGUACAGUUUCAUCAGCUAUCAGCUUACUCAAAACAAUAAUUGGUGCUGGUUUAUUAUCUAUGCCAUUGGCUUAUUCAACUGAUGGUACGAUUUUUGGAAGUUUUAUAAUAUUAAUUGCAGCUUUAACUUCAGGGUUUGGAUUAUUUUUACAAUGUUAUGUAUCAAAAUAUACAACUAUUGGUCAUGCAACUUUUUUCAACUUGUGUUCAAUUACUUAUCCACAAUUAUCAGUAAUAUUUGAUGUUGCAAUUGCUAUUCAAUGUUUUGGUUGUGCUGUUUCUUAUUUGAUUUUAAUUCGUGAUUUAAUGCCAACUAUUAUUACUAAUGUACCUUUCGUUGAUCCAAAACAUUACAAAGUGUUUUGGUUGUUUGUUUCCACAAUAUUGACUGUACCUUUAUCGUUUUUAAAAAACCUUGAUUCUUUAAAGUAUACUUCAAUUUUAGCAUUAGUUGCAAUAGCUUAUAUUUCAGUAUUGGUAGUAGCUCACUAUUUUGUUGGUGACAUUCCAAGAUCUGGGUUAAUUGAAUAUUUCCCAUCUAGUGCUACAAAAGUAUUUAGUACUUUUUCAAUUAUUGUUUUUGCAUUUACUGGUCAACAAAAUAUGUUUUCAAUUAUUAAUGAAGCAAAAAAUAAAUCUUUACCAAGUUUAGUUCAUUUGGUAAAUUUUGCAAUAAUUAUUUCAACUUUAUUGUUUAUUGUGGUUGGUUUAACUGGAUAUUUGACUUUUGGUUCAAGUGUUAAUGGUAAUAUUAUUUUGUCAUAUCCAAAUGGUGUCACAACUUGGAUUGGUAGAUUAAGUAUUGUUUUCAUGGUUGUUUUCUCAUUCCCAUUGAUGUUACAUCCAGCAAGAAUUUCAGUAAACAAUAUUUAUAAUUGGGCUAUACAAGAAGAAAACAAAUUAACUGAAGAAACUUCAUUACUUGAAAAUAACCAAGAAGAACAAGUAGAUUCAAGAAUUGUCCCAUUCCCAGAAAAGACCUUUUAUGCAAUCACAAUUGUGUUGUUGGUAGUUGGAUAUAUACUUGCAACAGUUAUAAAUUCAUUUGCUUUUAUUUUAGCUAUUGUUGGUGCUACCGGUUCAACUUCGAUUUCAUUUAUUUUACCCGGGUUAUUUGGGUACAAACUAAUUGGAUCAGAACUGGAUGAUCCAUCAACUUUGGAAAAAAUAUUUAAAAAUUUAUCAUUAGCUUUGGUGAUUUGGGGUGUUUUAGUAAUGAUUACUUGUUUAUAUAGUAGUAUAGUUUUAUAA